CGGCGGCUGUGUGAGGUUGAGUCAGUUGUGAGAGUCGGAGCUGCUGACCCCGUGGCGGCCCCGCGAACCGGCGACCGAGCGACAGGCGUCGAGGCCCGAGGCCGGAGCCUGGCCCCGCGCUAGAGCUCGGCCGAGCCGGGCCGCGCCCCCACCCAGCCCGCAGACCGCUGCCGCGGGCGCGCCCCCGUUCUGCGCUGUCUCCGAUGGCGUCUGCCUCCGGGGCCAUGGCGAAACACGAGCAGAUCUUGGUCCUCGACCCGCCCACAGACCUCAAAUUCAAAGGCCCCUUCACAGAUGUAGUCACUACAAAUCUUAAAUUGCGAAAUCCGUCAGAUAGAAAAGUUUGUUUCAAAGUGAAGACAACAGCACCUCGACGGUACUGUGUGAGGCCCAACAGUGGAAUUAUUGACCCAGGGUCAACGGUGACUGUUUCAGUAAUGUUACAGCCUUUUGACUAUGAUCCAAAUGAAAAGAGCAAACACAAGUUUAUGGUACAGACAAUAUUUGCUCCACCAAACACUUCAGACAUGGAAGCAGUGUGGAAAGAGGCAAAACCCGAUGAAUUAAUGGAUUCUAAAUUAAGAUGUGUGUUUGAAAUGCCAAAUGAAAAUGAUAAAUUGGGGAUAGCUUCACCAGGGGCGGCUCCGCUCGCCAGCGCAGUGAGCAGCGUCAGCACCACAGCUGCAGCACCCGCCACUCACCCCAGGACGAGUGAUCCCAGGAGACUCAGUGUGUUGGCGCAGGAGAAGCAGAAGAAUGAUAUGGAACCUAGCAAAGCUGUUCCACUGAAUGCAUCUAAACAAGAUGGGCCCAUGCCAAAACCGCACAGUGUUUCACUCAAUGAUACUGAGACACGGAAGCUCAUGGAAGAGUGUAAAAGACUUCAGGGAGAAAUGAUGAAGCUUUCAGAAGAAAAUCGACACCUGAGAGAGGAGGGCUUAAGGCUCAGGAAGGUAGCACAUUCGGAGAAGCCUGGCUCGGCCUCGGCUGCGUCCUUCAGAGACAACGUCACCAGUCCUCUUCCCUCACUCCUUGUUGUGAUUGCAGCCAUCUUCAUUGGGUUCUUUCUAGGGAAGUUCAUCUUGUAGAGUGAAGCAUGCAGAGUGCUAUUUCUUUUUUUUUCUCUUGACCAGAAAAAGAUUUGUUUACCUACCAUUUCACUGGUAGUAUGGCCCUCAGUGACCAUUUUUUGUGUGUACAGCGUCAAUACAGGCUUUGCCUCUAAUGAUCUCUUAUGGUUAGAAAACACAGUAAAAACUGUCGGCUGCUGGACAGGUUGUCUGUCACCAGGUCAUCAUUAGCAGGUGUCAGUGGCACACAGUCUUUCAUGAAAUUCAUAAUAAAGAGUUGUUUUCUUUGUGGUUUUAAUAAGAGUUCAAGAAUUGUUCAGAGUCUUGUAAAUGUUAUUUUAAUAAUCCCUUUAAAUUUUAUCUGUUGCUGUUACCUCUUGAAAUAUGAUUUAUUUAGAUUGCUAAUCUCACUCAUUCAGGAAAUGCCAAGAGGUGUUCUGUGGGGAAAUGGUGCCUCUUACCAUAUACAUUUUCUCCUUUACCUUUGCUAAUAUCAUGGCGGAGUUUUUCUUACCCUUGUGAGGCAACUGUUCACUGAGUUUUUCAUCCUUACAAUCCUGUCCCAUGGUAUUUAACAUAAAAAAUAAAACUGUUAACAGAUUCUUGCUCGAUA